GUCACCGUCCCGGGUGGCAGACAGCAAGUGGCACUGGUCUCCUCCCAGUCUUACUGCAAAAUGUGGGGCACGCCGGGCAGCGCGGCGCGGAGCAUCCGUCCCUACCAGUCCAGCCAGCAGUACCUCUACGCCAUGAAGGAGGACUUGGCUGAGUGGCUGAAGGAGCUGUAUGACCUAGACAUCGAGGUGGGCACCUUCUUGGAGGUGCUGGAGACAGGGGCUGUGCUCUGCUCCCACGCCAACAACAUCACCCACGUGGCCCAGGAGUUCUCCCGUGCCUGCCCUGGCAGAGCCUGUCACCUCCACCUGCCCAAGGCCGGCGUCACCUGCAACCUCGCGGCACAGCCAGGCACCUUCCAGGCCAGGGACAACGUCUCCAACUUCAUCCAGUGGUGCAGGAAGGAGAUGGAUAUCAAAGAUGUCCUGAUGUUUGAGACAGAGGACCUGGUGCUGAGGAAGAACGAGAAGAACUUUGUGCUGUGCCUGCUGGAGCUGGCGCGCCGCGCUGCCCGCUUCGGCAUGUGUGCCCCGACCCUCGUGCAGAUGGAGGAGGAGAUUGAGGAGGAGCUACGGGAGGAGAUGGACCUGCCAACCACGGACACCCCCCUGCCCCGGCCCCCCAGGAAACCACAGGACCUCCACAACCUCGACCAGAUGGUCCAGCAGCUGGUGAGCCGCUGUACCUGCCCUGUCCAGUUCCCCAUGAUCAAGAUAUCCGAAGGGAAAUACCGCGUGGGUGACUCUGACACCCUCAUCUUUGUCCGGAUCCUGCGGGAGCACGUCAUGGUGCGGGUCGGGGGCGGCUGGGACACGCUGGAGCACUAUCUGGACAAGCACGACCCGUGUCGCUGCACCUCGCUCGCUCACAAACAAGCCUGGAAAAGCAGGACCCCCCAGCAGCAAGUGCAGCACGAGCUCUGGCUGUGCCCGGCCUCCCGGGGGGCUGCCCGUGGCCAGACCCAGCCCGCCCUGCUGGUCAGCCGCUCGCAGAGCCCCUUGCCCCCCGUCCCCUGGGGGUCCCGUGUCCCCUCUGGUCCCCAGCCGCCUGCCACCCCCUCUCCGGAGGGCUCAGGUGACCCGCGGGGUGCCAGCCCCCGCCAGGAGCCGGCGCAGCCCCCGAGGGUCCUUUCGGGCAGGUGAGUGGUGCAGAGGGCACCCUGGCCCCUCUCUGUUCUCUCUCCUUGCAGGAUGUGGCAGCUACCACUCUCCAGGUCACCCGCCCGGCCCAGCUCCCCUGGCCAAAGGGUGCCAAGCCGGGCACCCACCCCUUCCCGGCUGCCCCCCAGCACACAGGACAGUGUGGGGGUCCCCAAGAUGCCGCGUGGGCCCACCCCGGGGAAAAACCCCACGACACCAGCACGGGGCAGGUCCAUGGCACCCAGCAACCGGCUGGCACCAGUACCUCCAAAAAGCACCCAGCAAGGAAGCAAAUCAUCUGUGGGAGCUGCCAGGCUGCAGGCAGGGGGGGUCCCCACCAUGGUGACACCCCGUGCCCCCAGCCCCAUCAAGGUCUGUGCCCCCUCCCCACAGCAGGAUGUGCAGGGAGAGUCACAGAGCCAGAAAAACCCACGGGAGGGGAGACGAGGAGCCCUUGGCCAGGGCCAACCACCCCCACCCCAAAAUCCCUCCAGCCGGCCUCUGAAACAGAACAGCAGCCUUAAACCACCCCCUAAAGCCAGCCCGGCCGUCUGCCGGCCCCCCACCCCUCUGGGCCAGUUUGCAGAGGGGUGCAAGCUCUGUGCUGCUGGGGGAGGUCCCCAGGGGACCCAGCAGUGCCACUCACCCCCCAGCACUGAAGGACUCAGCAUGCCAGUCAACGAACUGGCGGGAGCCUGUGGCCCUGGUGGGGGGAGCGAGGGUCUCCAGGGGUGCUGGGGGCACACGCAGCCCCCCGGCUAUGACAGGGUGGUGGAGGAGCUCUCCCAUGGGCGAAAGCCCCUGCACCCUGUAGAUCUGGGGAGCUGGGUCCCCAAAACCCCCCAGCCACCUGCCCCACAGCCCACCACCCUCCCAGCUGGUGAGGAGGGGGCUGUGCCAGGAGCAGGGGGCCAGAGCCCGGCGGGGGGCAGGACCAGCAGCGUCCCCAAGCCCCGGCGGUGCCUGAAGAAGCCCGAGCGUGUGCCCUCCAUCUACAAGCUGAAGCUGCGGCCCAAAGUGCGUCCCCGGCGGGACCACAGGCCAGGCAAGAGACCCUCGCGCAUCCCCACCCCCCUGGGGCAGCGCCCGGCUGCCCCCCGCCGCCAGCACCGCCCCCCGGGGCCCCCCCGCCACCCCCUGCCCGGGGACCCCCACCCUGCGGCCAAGCCCCCCCCGGCACACAGCGGGGCAGGGCUGACUGAGGAUGAGGAGGCGUGGGUCUGA